UUACUCGGGAUUACAGGAGUUACAAGGGGUUACAAGAGGUUACAGGGGGUUACAAGGGGUUACAGGGGGUUACAAAGGGUUACAGGGGGUUACAAGGGGUUACAAGAGGUUACAGGGGGUUACAAGGGGUUACAGGGGGUUACAAAGGGUUACAGGGGGUUACAAGGGGUUACAAGAGGUUACAGGGGGUUACAAGGGGUUACAGGGGUUACAAAGGGGGGUUACAGGGGGUUACAAGGGGUUACAGGGGGUUACAAAGGGUUACAGGGGGUUACAAGGGGUUACAGGAGGUUACAGGAGGUUACAGGGGGUUACAAGGGGUUACAGUGGGUUACAAAGGGUUACAGGGGGUUACAAGGGGUUACAAGGGGUUACAGACAGUACCAGAUGGUUACAGAUGAUUACAGGGGUGUUGCAAUGGGUUAUAGGGUGGUUAAUAACUACAACAUGAAAUUAUUUACCUGCACUAGCCUCACACAACAAAAGCUGAUUUCCAGGUUGGGCGUAGGCAACCACACAUAACAAUUGAAAUUAGAAGCAGUAUGGUGUUCACUAUCGGAAUGCAAAUUUUUUAUGAAAUUUUUACAGGGUAAUUAAGCUUAAGUAAAAAUUUACACAUUUCAGGUAGUUUACUAUGUAUGUAAUGGUGGGCAAAAGUUCUUGUAGAAUAUAAUGACUUUAAUUCAGCUUUAAGAUAUUUAUACGCAUACAAACUUAAAAAUCAGAGAGAUCCAGCAAAAGGCAAAGAGCAAGAAGUUUGCUUUUAAAUUCUGAAACCAGCUGUGCUCUUUUUGCAUGGUAAGAAAGAUUGUUCCAGAGCAUUGGUUUCACCACUAUACCUAGCACUGCAUGUGUGUUUGAGGAAAUUAGUUUUUGGCCUUGGAUUAGUGCUAUAGAUCAGAUCAUGCAGUUUCAAGAUUCGUAAGGUUAUAGUUGACUUAACCAUCAUUGAGUUUUGUAAAGGAUCAAGACUCUCACAUGGGGAGAAGGUAAUGAUCAUAGAGGAUAUUGUACGUUAGGGUAGCCCUAUCCUUGGUUUGCAACCAUGUGACAAGGCGGCCAUGUUGGUGGUCAAAAGAAUAGAAUUUUUUCUGGAAGAAUUUACAUGAAAAUAGAGUUUAGCUCCCAGAGGAGAGGAAAGCUUUUGUUCUUGUGAGCACCAACAUGGCCACCGUGACGUGAUGUGCGUGCAAACCAGCUCUUCUAUAAAAUAAUGCCUGAUUUUGAGGCUUUUCUAUUUCAAUUUAUCAAUCUACCAAUCUAAUGGCAUAAUGGUAAACUCAUAAUGUCUUUACCUGUACAGUUUGGACUUAUUUUGUGAUUUAUCUUUCAGUUGCUCUCUACAAGUAUUCGACACGGAAAAACAGUUAGAAAAGUAAGUAACGGGCGUAACAUGAGGUUAUAGGGGUUACAAAAGGUUACUCGGGAUUACAGGAGUUACAAGGGGUUACAAGAGGUUACAGGGGGUUACAAGGGGUUACAGGGGGUUACAAAGGGGUUACAAGGGGUUACAAAAAGGGUUACAGGGGUUACAAGGGGUUACAAGGGGUUUACAGGGGUUUACAAGGGGUUACAGGGGUUACAAAGGGGUUACAAGGGGGGGGUUACAGGGGGUUACAGGGGGUUACAAGGGGGUUACAAGGGGUUACAGGAGGGUUACAGGAGGUUACAGGGGGUUACAAGGGGUUACAGAGGGUUACAAGGGGUUACAAGGGAUUACAAGGGGUUACAGGGGUUUACAAGGGGUUACAAGGGGUGACAGACAGUGCCAGAUGGUUACAGAUGAUUACAGGAGUGUUGCAAUGGGUUAUAGGGUGGUUAAUAACUACAACAUGAAAUUAUUUACCUGCACGAGCCUCACACAACAAAAGCUGAUUUCCAGGUUGGGCGUAGGCAACCACACAUAACAAUUGAAAUUAGAAGCAAUAUGGUGUUCACUAUCGGAAUGCAAAUUUUUAUGAAAUUUUUACAGGGUAAUUAAGGUUAAGUAAAAAUUUACACAUUUCAGGUUGUUUACUGUGUAUGUAAUGGUGGGCAAAAGUUCUUGUAGAAUAUAAUGACUUUAAUUCAGCUUUAAGAUAUUUAUAUGCAUACAAAUUUAAAAGUCAGAGAGAUCCAGCAAAAGGCAAAGAGCAAGAAGUUUGCUUUUAAAUUCUGAAACCAGCUGUGCUCUUUUUGCAUGGUAAGAAAGAUUGUUCCAGAGCAUUGGUUUCACCACUAUACCUAGCACUGCAUGUGUGUUUGAGGAAAUUAGUUUUUGGCCUUGGAUUAGUGCUAUAGAUCAGAUCAUGCAGUUUCAGGAUUCCUAAGGUUAUAGUUGACUUAACCAUCAUUGAGUUUUGUAAAGGAUCAAGACUCUCACAUGGGGAGAAGGUAAUGAUCAUAGAGGAUAUUGUACGUUAGGGUAGCCCUAUCCUUGGUUUGCAACCAUGUGACAAGGCGGCCAUGUUGGGGGUCAAAAGAGUAGAAUUUUUACUGGAAGAAUUUACAUGAAAAUAGAGUUUAGCUCCCAGUGGAGAGGAAAGCUUUUGUUCUUGUGAGCACCAACAUGGCCACCGUGACGUGAUGUGCAUGCAAACCAGCUCUUCUAUAAAAUAAUGCCGGAUUUUGAGGCUUUUCUAUUUCAAUUUAUCAAUCUACCAAUCUAAUGGCAUAAUGGUAAACUCGUAAUGUCUUUACCUGUACAGUUUGGACUUAUUUUGUGAUUUAUCUUUCAGUUGCUCUCUACAAGUAUUCGACACGGACAAACAGUUAUAAAAGUAAGUAACGGGCGUAACAUGAGGUUAUAGGGGUUACAAAAGGUUAUUCAGGGAUUACAGGAGUUACAAGGGGUUACAAGAGGUUACAGGGGUUACAAGGGGUUACAGGGGGGUUACAAAGGGUUACAGGGGGUUACAAGGGGUUACAAGGGUUACAGGGGUUUUUACAAGGGGUUACAGGGGGUUACAAAGGGUUACAGGGGUUACAAGGGGUUACAAGAGGUUACAGGGGGUUACAAGGGGUUACAGGGGGGAUUACAAAGGGUUACAGGGGGUUACAAAAGGGGUUACAAGGGGUUACAGGGGGGUUACAAGGGGUUACAGGGGGGUUACAGGGGGUUACAAGGGGGGGUUACAAGGGGGGGGUUACAAGGGGGUUACAGAGGGUUACAAGGGGUUACAAGGGAUUACAAGGGGUUACAGGGGGUUACAAGGGGUUACAAGGGGUGACAGACAGUACCAGAUGGUUACAGAUGAUUACAGGGGUGUUGCAAUGGGUUAUAGGGUGGUUAAUAACUACAACAUGAAAUUAUUUACCUGCACUAGCCUCACACAACAAAAGCUGAUUUCCAGGUUGGGCGUAGGCAACCACACAUAACAAUUGAAAUUAGAAGCAGUAUGGUGUUCACUAUCGGAAUGCAAAUUUUUUAUGAAAUUUUUACAGGGUAAUUAAGCUUAAGUAAAAAUUUACACAUUUCAGGUAGUUUACUAUGUAUGUAAUGGUGGGCAAAAGUUCUUGUAGAAUAUAAUGACUUUAAUUCAGCUUUAAGAUAUUUAUACGCAUACAAACUUAAAAAUCAGAGAGAUCCAGCAAAAGGCAAAGAGCAAGAAGUUUGCUUUUAAAUUCUGAAACCAGCUGUGCUCUUUUUGCAUGGUAAGAAAGAUUGUUCCAGAGCAUUGGUUUCACCACUAUACCUAGCACUGCAUGUUUGUUUGAGGAAAUUAGUUUUUGGCCUUGGAUUAGUGCUAUAGAUCAGAUCAUGCAGUUUCAAGAUUCCUAAGGUUAUAGUUGACUUAACCAUCAUUGAGUUUUGUAAAGGAUCAAGACUCUAGCUCACAUGGGGAGAAGGUAAUGAUCAUAGAGGAUAUUGUACAUGAGGGUAGCCCUAUCCUUGGUUUGCAACCAUGUGACAAGGCGGCCAUGUUGGGGGUCAAAAGAAUAGAAUUUUUUCUGGAAGAAUUUACAUGAAAAUAGAGUUUAGUUCCCAGAGGAGAGGAAAGCUUUUGUUCUUGAGCACCAACAUGGCCGCCAUGACGUGAUGUGCGUGCAAACCAGCUCUUCUAUAAAAUAAUGCCUGAUUUUGAGGCUUUUCUAUUUCAAUUUAUCAAUCUACCAAUCUAAUGGCAUAAUGGUAAACUCAUAAUGUCUUUACCUGUACAGUUUGGACUUAUUUUGUGAUUUAUCUUUCAGUUGCUCUCUACAAGUAUUCGACACGGAAAAACAGUUAUAAAAGUAAGUAACGGGCGUAACAUGAGGUUAUAGGGGUUACAAAAGGUUACUCGGGAUUACAGGAGUUACAAGGGGUUACAAGAGGUUACAGGGGGUUACAAGGGGUUACAGGGGGUUACAAAGGGUUACAGGGGGUUACAAGGGGUUACAGGGGGUUACAGGGGGUUACAAGGGGUUACAGGGAGUUAGAAAGGGUUACAGGGGGUUAAAGGGGUUACAGGGGUUACAGGGGGUUACAAGGGGUUACAGGGGUUACAAGGGGUUACAAAGGGUUACAAGGGGUUACAGGAGGUUACAAGGGGUUACAAGGGGUUACAGGGGUUACAAGGGGUUACAGGGGGUUACAAGGGGUUACAGGGGUUACAAGGGUUACAAAGGGUUACAGGGGGUUACAAGGGGUUACAAGGGGUUACAAGGGGUUACAGACAGUACCAGAUGGUUACAGAUGAUUACAGGGGU